AUGAAAGACGACAUGGAGUCUCUUACCGGGCAGGCGGAGCUAUUACAACACAUGCUGGCCUACGCCGACUCCAUGUCCCUCAAAGCCGCCGUCGACCUCCGCCUCCCCGACAUCAUGCACUCCCACGGCGGCUCCGCCACUCUGUCCCAGCUACUCUCCGCCAUCGACCAAUCAUCAUCAUCUUCCCCAGCCGACGCCUCCACCCUCGUCCGCAUCAUGCGCCUCCUCGUCCGCAAAAACAUCUUCACCACGUCAUCCGACCACCACCAGGAGCCGCGCUACGGCCUGACACGUGUCUCCAAGUGGUUGGUGCGUGGAUCCUCGGGCGAGGAGCUGAGCAGCCUGGCCCCGGUGUUGCUGUACGACAACCACCCUCUGUCCGUGACACCGUGGCAUUACCUCGGGGACUGCGUGAGGGGAGGCGGGAACGCGUUCGAGAGGGCCCACGGCCGCGGGAUCUUCGAGUUCGCGUCCGGCGAGCCGGAGUUUAAUAGAUUGUUCAACGAAGGGAUGGCGUCGGCGACGAAGAUGAUGACGCCCGCGAUGUCCGUGCUGGAUUACGACGGGCAUGGGUUCGGGUCGAUCGGGUCGCUGGUUGACGUGGCGGGCGGGAUCGGGGAGAACGUAGGGGAGAUCGUGAAGGUGUUUCCCCACGUGAGAGGGAUUAAUUUCGAUUUGCCGCACGUGGUGGCGACGGCGCCGCCGUGCGAUGGGGUGACGCACGUCGGUGGGGACAUGUUCGAGUCCUGGAUACUGCAUAACUGGAGCGACGAGGACUGCGUGAGAAUCCUAAAGAACUGCAAGAAGGCAAUCCCGAAGAAGACAGGAAAGUUGAUUAUCGUGGAUAUGGUGAUUGAUCCAGAGGGGCAGAGUCCUUUUGAUGAUGCAGGCCUGUUGGUGGAUUUACUCAUGAUGGUGCAGACUUCUGGUAAAGAGAGAACCGAGGCUGAAUGGAAGAAGAUUUUGGAAGAAGGCGGGUUUCCUCGAUAUAAAAUCAUCAAGAUCCCAAGCUUGUCCUCCAUCAUCGAAGCUUAUCCUAAUUGA